AUGUCGCUUGCACCAAAAUUCCAAGGCCAGAAGUUGGCCGCAGCAAACCUGCAUCCGACACCUCAUACACUCGAGCUCUACCUCGACUAUGUCUGCCCUUUCUGCGCAAAGAUCUUCAAUACUUUUUACACCGCAGUGAAACCAAUCAUCGACGAAAAGUAUAGUGACAAGCUCCAAGUGAUCUUCAGACAGCAUGUGCAGCCAUGGCAUCCCUCAUCCACUCUCGUACAUGAAGCGGGCGUUGCGGUCUUGAAAGUCGCGCCGGAGAAAUUCUGGGAGUUCAGCGAGGCCCUCUUCAGGAGACAAAAGGAGUACUUUGAUGAGAAUGUCGUCAAUGAGACUCGCAAUGAUACCUAUAAACGUCUCGCCGCUCUUGCGGCCACCGUGGGAAUUGAUGAGAAGAAGGUUUUUGAUCUGCUCUUCAUCAGUUCCGAGGGCGGAGAGAGAUUGAACAGAGGCAAUGGUGUCACAAAUGAUUUGAAAUUGAUAAUCAAGGCAAACCGAGUUGUUGGCGUGCAUGUCUCUCCCACCGUCUUCUUCAAUGGUAUUGAAGAGAAAAGCAUCAGCAGCAGUUUCACUGCUGCCCAGUGGGAGGAAUGGCUUGGCAACAACGUGGUUUGA